CCCCAGCUGGACUUUGCCUGUAGACCUUCUGACGUGCUGCUGAGAUGGCGGUCCUAGUGGUGUGGCUGCUCCUGUCCGUCUGCAGUGCUGCAUUUGGGCAGCAGAUGAUGCCCCCCUGUGACAACCAGAUCUACUGCACCGGAGAGCUCCUCAAGCAGGUGCAGCAGGCCAAGCUCUUCCAGGAUGACAAGCACUUUGUGGACAUGCCCCUGAAGGCCAGCCCAGAGGAGGUCCUGGACCAGUUCUGGCAGCAGGUCAACGCCACGGCUGGAGGCACGUUGUCCCAAGAGCAGGUGAAGGUGUUCGUGGAGGGGCAUUUCUCUCCUCCGGGACAGGAGCUGGAGAGCUGGGUGCCUCCGGACUGGACGGACAGCCCCCCGGUCCUGAAGAAGAUUUCGGAUGGGAGGCUGCGGUCCUGGGCCCAGGCUCUCAACGACAAGUGGAAGCAGUUGGGCAGGAAGAUGAAGCCGGAGGUCCAAACCAGCCCUAAGCGCCACUCCCUGAUCUAUGUGCCGAACCCACUCAUUGUUCCGGGAGGACGGUUCAUCGAGUACUACUACUGGGACUCCUUCUGGGUCAUCGAAGGCCUUCUGCUCUGCAAUAUGACCUCCACGGCCCAGGGCAUGAUCAGGAACUUCCUCCACUUGGUGCAGCAGUUUGGGCACAUCCCCAACGGGGGCCGGGUCUACUACGUGCGCCGGAGCCAGCCCCCGCUCCUCAGCCUGAUGGUGGAGAAGUACCUGGCACACACCAAAGACACCGCCUUCCUCAGGGAGAGCAUCUCUCUUUUGGAGACCGAGUACCGCUUCUGGCAAGAGCAGAGGGCCAUCAACGUCUCCAUGGGGGGCCGGGACUACACCUUGAACCGCUACCAGGUGCCGGUGGGGGAGCCCAGACCAGAGUCCUACAUGAAGGAUGUGGAAGUAGCUGCCGGUUUGGACGAAGUGUCCCAGCGAGCGCUCUGGUCGGAGCUGCACAGUGGCGCAGAGUCCGGCUGGGACUUCUCCUCCCGGUGGUUCCUCCCGGGACCUCCUCCCCUCCAGGCCGGACUGCAGGACCUCAGGACCAGCGCCGUGGUGCCGGUGGACCUGAACGCCAUCCUCUGCCGCGUGGAGGGGCUCCUGGCCUCCUUCCAUAGGGAUUUGGGGAACACCAAGGCCGCCGAACAGUUCCAGGCCACCCGUGAGGAGCGAGAGCGGGCCGUGCGGGCCGUCUUCUGGGAUCAAGAGGUCGGGACCUGGCUGGACUACAACCUCCUGCGGCGGCGGCGCAACCGGGCAUUCUACCCGACCAAUGUGGCUCCUUUGUGGGCAGAGUGUGGCGCGAGCACUGCCGAAACAGAGAGCGCCCUGCGCUACCUGGAGGGGAAUCCAGCCCUCUCCUAUCACAAUGGACUGCCCACUUCCUUGGCGGACACAGGGCAACAGUGGGACCUGCCCAACGCCUGGGCCCCGCUCCAGGACAUGGUCAUCGAAGGCCUGGCCAAGUCUUCCUCGCCCCGGGCGCAAGAGCUGGCCUUCGCUUUGGCACAACGCUGGGUGAGAACCAACCUGGCCGUCUAUGAGAGGUACCAGGGCAUGUUUGAGAAGUAUAACGUGGAAGGGGACGGGAAGCCAGGUGGAGGUGGAGAGUACGCCGUACAGGAGGGCUUUGGAUGGACCAACGGCGUGGCUCUGAAGCUGCUGGACCUUUAUGGUGACCGCCUCACCUCCUCCGCAGGCUCCUUCCUGCCGGGCGCUUGGACCUGGACCUGGAUGUGGGCCUUCCUCCUGGUCACCUUGGCCUAAGAGGAUACCACCCUCUCGGGCUGGGCUUCGGACACCUUCUGCUGGUACUCUGUGCAUUUCCUGCUAUGAUGGGCAUCUGUUGGGAUGGCUUUGAGUGUGCCUUGGACUGGAUAGCCCAGGCAUGGGCAAACUGGGGCCCUCCAGGUGUUUUGGACUUCAACUCCCACAAUUCCUAGCAGCCGGUAGGCUGCUAGGAAUUGUGGGAGUUGAAGUCCAAAACACCUGGAGGGCCCAAGUCUGGGGUAGCUCACCACACAUCCCUUGAAGCAUGAUGUUGGCACAUUCACGGCUCCAUCGCAGCAUUCGUUUGCGUAGAGAGAGGAAAGGAAGGUGCGCUGCCAGGCAUUGUAAAUAAAAGGCUUUAUUAUUCCCCA